AUGUCUACGCCUGUCAUUACUCCGGCCGAAGAGUAUGCGAACCCGUUCACCGAUGCGCAAGUCCAGGAUUCGCCAAAGUACACCCCCGGAAGCAGUUCCGUUUUGACCAGUGCCGAAGGAGGUGGGACCCCCACGAACAAAGCCGAUGGCGCCAAGGGCAAGAAGCGUGUGGGUUUUCGAGGAGGCGAUGAGACUGGCGAUUCAGUUAGCCGGAGGGCGAGCUGGGUAGAUGGCCCGGUCGAUGGAGUGCAAUCACCACUCAGUGGCUCUGGUAGUCCUGGAGCUAGUGGCGAUACCAGCCCAUUCUCAACAAAGCCGCACUCGAGGAAGUCCAGCAAGGACAUGCUGCUGCCGCAACUUCCAGCUGCGGCAAUGAAAUCACAUUUACCAGAGCUGUCGCCACAGCAGACGGAGGAGAUUCACCGGGCCUUCAAUGUUAACAAUUUGCAAUUGCCUCGACCACGUCCUGCCAUUCGGCUGAAUGCUCCCACCGUCAAAGGGAACGAUGUUGAUGUGGAACUGAUCGACGAAGGACCGGAUGCUGAUGGACAACGAGCUGUUCGAAAAAAGCGUGCCUUGGAAGCGUUUGAGCGUGGCAAACGUUUGGAGCAAGACCAGCGUACAAAUUCAGAGCCCAGCUCAAGACGUGGCUCGAUGAAGGCGAAGAAGCCACCAGUGAUAUCACGAUCAGGUGACAUUCCUCUGCAGGAUCUUCUGGACGACAUAUCGGAUAAUACUGAUGAUGAGAACGAUGUACUGCAGCCUAAGGAAAUGAAGCCGCGAUCCGUACAUCAGGAAGCUUACAGUCUAGUACGGCGACAUACAGAGGCCCGAGUCGGUGGAGGCUCGCGUGUUGAUCCCGAGAUCGAGUCGUAUUCCGGCCUUCGCUCUGGUCAUGUAACUCCAACUGAGGAGAUUGAGUUUUUUGAGGAUUACAAACCCCGACCAAAGCAGUAUCGUGGCGGGAUUCUGGGAUCCCUCCUCAAGCUCUAUGGGGAGCAACAUCCAUCUGCUAGCAUGGGCAACAACCCCCCUGAGAUCCCCAAGGCGCACAUGAGGGGCGAUUAUAGCACAGCGUCCACUCCGCAGCAUUCACCUCCCGAAUCUGGAACUGCAACCCCAAACGGUCGGCAUUGGUAUUCUCCCUACCGGCAUCAUAAGAGCUCCCAAUCCUCGUCCUCGCUUGCUCAGCUCGUGGGAUCAUCAGCAAGCUUUGGUUCUCCAGCUGUGUCCGGGCUGGGUGAGCAAGUCAGCCAGAGACUCAAGGAGCAACAAGAGGCGAACAAACGACCCGGACUUGGCAAGCGAACACGCAGCGGUGGUGCCAUCGCGGCUAUCAAUCGAUUGAGCCGAGCCAAGUUCGACGAGCAGAUCAGGAUCACCAAGCACAUCGGCGAGAGCAUUGCUCGACAGAAGUAUUUGACUAAGAUCUGUAGGGCGUUGAUGCAGUACGGCGCGCCGACACAUCGCUUGGAAGAAUACAUGAGAAUGAGUGCUCGAGUGCUUGAGACUGACGCGCAGUUUCUCUACAUACCCGGUGCCAUGAUCAUAUCGUUUGAGGAUAGGGAGACUCAUACCAGUGAAGUGAAGUUGGUGAAAGUUGCACAGGGAUUGGACCUUGGAAAGUUGCGGGACGUGCACGAAGUCUACAAAGAAGUGGUCCACGAUCGACUAGGUGUUGAUGAUGCCAUUGCACGUCUGAAAGAAAUCACCAACCGCAAGGCCAAGCACAGCCGACUGUGGAGAGUACCCGUUUACGGAAUGGCAGCACUGUGCGUCGGACCUUUUGCUUUUCAGAGCAGAUUCGUGGAUCUGCCCAUCGCCUUCCUCCUUGGAAGCAUUCUUGGCGUCUUGCAGCUGUACGUUGCACCGACUUCCGACCUCUACGCCAACRUCUUCGAGAUCGCUGCUACCGUCAUCACCUCGUUCUUGGCCCGAGCGUUUGGCAGCAUUCGAGGCGGGCAGCUUUUCUGCUUCUCUGCAUUGGCACAAUCAUCCAUUGCGCUCAUCCUCCCCGGCUACAUUGUGCUGUGCGCUUCCCUGGAGCUCCAAUCGAGAUCUAUUGUUGCCGGGAGCAUCCGAAUGGUCUAUGCGAUAAUAUACUCGCUAUUCCUGGGGUUCGGUAUUACAAUAGGCACUGCCAUCUAUGGAAUGAUCGAUGAAAAUGCCACGUCGGACACAGUUUGCACCACACCGAACCCCAUUCCCGGUUACUGGUUCUUCUUUUUCGUUCCAGGCUUCACCAUGUGUCUGAUUAUCAUCAACCAAGCCAAGUGGAAACAAGCCCCGGUCAUGAUGUUUAUCGCAAUGGCGGGCUACCUGGUGAAUUACUUCUCGUCGAGAAGAUUUAGCAAUAACUCACAAGUCGCCAACACACUGGGUGCGCUCUCGAUUGGCGUCAUGGCAAAUCUGUACAGCCGUGUUGGAGGCCGAUGUGAGAACUUCUGCCUGGACCUGUGGGAAGACAGAUUACGACCUCAAUGGAGAAGCUUUCGUAAGCGUGUCUUCCACCUCGAGAACCGAAACCGUACUCCCAAAUCCAUGGAGGAGGGCAGCGCGGGAGACACCGAAUCCAUUUACGUCCGCCAGACUAGACGAGUUGGAUACAGUUUGGCAGCAGCAGCCAUGCUACCGGCCAUUUUUGUGCAGGUUCCUAGUGGUCUUGCCGUGAAUGGUAGCCUCAUUUCUGGAAUCGCCUCUGCGGACCAGAUUACCAGGAACACUUCUACUUUCAAUUCCUAUGGACCAGACAGUACUGCUUUGUCGGUGAGCUACUCUGUUGUUCAGGUGGCCAUUGGUAUUACCGUUGGGUUGUUCUUGAGCGCUAUUGUCGUUUAUCCCUUUGGAAAGCGGCGGUCUGGGUUGUUCAGCUUUUAA